AUGCCGGUAACAUCACGUGCACACCAUCACCACGAAUCCCGAUUCACCAAAUGUUGUCAUUAUAUCCGAUCGAUUACCGCAUUUAUCUUUUCGCAUAUCGGUCUGUGCGCACUGGUAUUCGGCUAUUCAAUGGUCGGUGCGUUUGUAUUUCAGGCACUGGAAGCGCCCAACGAACUCAAAUACCGGAGUAUUGUUGUCCAAGAAAGAGAUGAUUUUGCCGAUCAGGUCUGGACUAUAACACAGAAGAGUUCGGUACUCAAACAGAAAGAGUGGAGCGAUGAGGUGUCCCGCGAGCUGGAGAAGCUCGAGAAGUCAUUGGUUCGGGCAUUCAAAUACAAUGGUUACGAUGGUAAAGAUGAUAUAAUCAAUGAGAAGUCAUUGCAGUGGAAUUUUUUUGGUGCUCUACUCUACUCUAUAAUUGUUAUAACGACUAUUGGAUUUGGAAAUAUUGCACCAAAAACUAAGAUCGGCAAAAUAGUGACAAUACUGUACGCUUUGGUUGGCAUACCAUUGAUGCUACUGUUCCUGUCCAACAUUGGCGACGCUAUGGCCAAUUCGUUUAAGUUUCUCUAUUGGAAGGUUUGCUGUAUAUUGUGUGUCAAUCCACGUAAGCAUCGACAUCAACACCAUCGGCGACGACGACGGCGACACCGCAAACAGCGACAACACGUCGAACGGAUAGCCCUACAGAGUCUGUCAGCUAAUGUCAGCGAACAGGUAGUCACCCAUCAGCCGACAAUUCCAGCGUAUAAUACACUUCCCAGAGCUAACAGUCUAAGACAUCAUACCAUAGAUAGACCGGCUCACCGGUCGCACAGCGAUCGUGACAUAGCCAACGUUCCCAUCAUAUGCAACAUAUAUGCCUUACAUGACACGGAAUUUAACGAUACCGGUACUACUGACCUACAAACUAACGGUCCGUUUAAUCCAUUCAUGAAACUAAACUAUUCGACACUACCUCACAAUAUGGGACUGUCGUCGCCGAUAGGCAAUAAUUUUGUACAACUGUCCCAUAACUCAGUAGGCUUUGAAAGAGGAGGAGGAUUGAGUCCUGGUAUAUCAUCUACCGGUGCCAUUACUACGGCUGUGGCGACGACAGUCGAUGAAAGCGAUGGCGAAUAUUAUUCGGACGACAGUAUUGAAUCAGAUUCGGUAAUCCGUAGUAUACCUAACGUUCCCAUUGCUCUGUGUGUGGCACUGGUAGUUGGAUACAUAUGUGGCGGCGGUUUUCUGUUCCAGUUUCUCGAAAACUGGACAUUUCUGGACGCCUCAUACUUUUCGUUCAUAACACUGACCACCAUCGGCUUCGGUGAUCUGGUACCGGGAACUGCCGUUUUUUCGCGCGAAGAUGCCCAAACUAUUUUGGGUAUAUGUGCACUGUAUUUGUUGUUUGGUAUGGCACUGAUAGCCAUGUCAUUCAAUUUGGUUAAAGAAGAAUUUACUAAAAAAAUCCGAUUAAUUGGUACCCGAAUCGGUAUUCUGGCCAAAGAUGAUAGCGAUUACGAUAGCGAUUAA